CGACUCGAGGAGCGAGGCGCACAGCGAUCCGUGCGAUGUUCCCCUCGCACGUCUUGCUACGGCGACGACGCUACGAUGGCUCUGCGCUGAGCGAGCGCUGCGCUUGUUGCCGGUCGCUUCUGAAGAGUUCGAGUACGGUCGAUUCCCGCUUCGCCUCAACCUGAGGUGGACCUUGGCGCCGGCAGUCCUCGAACGCUUUCAGAUGCGUCUUUGCGGAAGCCAGCGAACGUGCGCGUAUCGCCAGGCAACACGGGCAGCGCAGCACAGUGCGCCGCUUGCUGUUGCGGACGAGCGGCUGGCCCGCGUCGCGCAAUCGGGCGCUGCCGUCGUUUCCCUCUUCUGCCCGCGUUUCGCCCGGCGAUGGAGCUCGUCUCGACCAGGCCUGGUCGAAGUCGUGCGCCAUCGCGCGCGGAAUCCGGUGCAUGCGAGCAGAAAGGAGCAGUGCAGCAAUGCUCGCAGAGCGCGCUCGCGCAGCAAUCCCCCGCUUCACUCGUCGCGGCGCUUCCACGCCGCACUUUCCCCGCUACCUGAUUCUUCUUCCACCUCCUCGCCGCUCUGUCAAGCACCCACGAUGGCACGCGUCUUCGCGCAGGCGCGUGCUCUCAUCGGUGUACGACGUGAGACGGUGACGAGGUGUUGAGACGUGAGCACAAGCGAGGAAAGCGCCUUGUGCUCUUCGUGCAGCAAGCAGCAGGCCGCGCAGCGCAACGCAAGCCCUGUCUCGCAGAUUUUGUGGUACCUUGCUGCCUCGCUUCGUUGGGCCCCCGACGACCGCGCGCACCUACGCCUAGCUGCGC